CUUCGGAUAUUUGCGAAAAGAGGAAAACAUUCCCAAAUGGUUCGACAUGAUGGCGAGUGAAUGGCUUUUUCCAACAAAUGCAGAACAUGAUGACAAGUCGAGUAAAUCGAGAAAUGAUGAGUUAUUUGUUUUCGGAUACGCAUGUAAGAUCUUUCGGGACGAUGAACAGGCUAGGCUGGUUGACAAAGGCAACUAUCUGAUUCCUUGGAUGGGCGAUGACACGCUGAAGAUUGACAGAUACGACGGCAGGGGGCAUUUGUAUGACCUCCGACCUCACGAUGCUGAUAACUUGAAAGGACAGACAGAUAUGGAGUUGAGCGCGGAUGAAGCUAACAUAGAGAAACUUUGUGACGAGGAAAGGUACCUGGAGCUGCACACUGACAUGGCUGAGAAGACCAUGUAUGAAGAAGAAGAAUGGAAGCGCUACUACGAAUCACUCUCAGAAGGUUACAAGGCUGUGGGGUUCAGUUACGACUCAUAUGGCCAACUGCAAAAUGCUGAUCCAGUUGCAGAGGCGCAGAAGUUGAGCCCAGAGGACAUGCCUUUUGUUCCAGCACCAGAGCUGCAGGUCCCAGCUGGUGUGCAGAUUCCUGCAACUGUCAAGGAAAAUGCAAUUAUUGAGAAAACAGCCAAGUUCAUAGCAGAGCACGGCGUCCAGAUGGAGAUAGUGAUGAAAACAAAGCAGGCAAACAACCAGUCCUUCCAGUUCAUGCACUUUGAGAACAUUCUCCAUCUGUACUACAAACACCUGGUGAAAAUGAUCAAGUCCAAAAAGUACAUCCCACCAUCGCCAGUAAAAUUGGAACGAGAAGACUCGCUAAAUGAAAGUGGUGAUCACAAUGAUGGAAGUCAUGGUUAUCUGCACCCAACCCUGAUGUCAAGUCGAGAUUCGCCUGCUCGUGAGCCCAUCAAACCAGUGCCACUACUAAAGGUUGAGAUAAGUGAAACGUCAUAUGGCCAGCUGCUGCAGUCCUUUAGUCGAGUGAACAAGGAACAUGAGGAGAAAAACAAAGCUAAGGAGCUGCUGGCAGAUGUCAAGAGAGAGGCGGGUCUCUCUGACUCCGCCCUUCUGCUCCCCCAGCCUGCCUAUGAAUCCUCUGUGCCUCCACCCCCAGGGCUGGAACCAGUGCUACUGCCACGGAGCAUCACAGUCAAACAGGAACCACCAGACGAGUCCCCUCCCUCCGAGAUAGUCCCUCCCCCUCCAGAUGCCCAGCCAAUCAUUGACCGCAUGGCCAUGUACGUGGCUAAGAAUGGGGAUGAGUUUGCUAUGGUGGUGAAGAGCAAGAAUGACCCUCGAUUCCAGUUCCUGGAGACCUGGCAUCCACACUAUGCCUACUACGACUUCAAACGACAUCUGUUUCAGGAGGAGAUAGAAAAGAAGCAAGCUGCUGCCAAGAAAAUGGAGCAACAGCGUGAGGCUGAUAGAGCAGAACAGCUGGCCCGUGGGGUCAAGUUCACCCUGCGAAAGGUCAAGGACGCUGAGGUUCCAUCCACACUUGAUAAGAAGCCGGCAUUUACACAAGAAUCUAGCGAUGAAGAAGGUGAAUGUGCUGGGACAAGCAAAGGUCAGGCUAUACCCCAGCCUGUGUCUGGGUCCACCACUGCAGUCCAGGAGGGAGCAGCAGCCUUGACACAAUCCAAGAGUGAUGAGGGUCUGGAGAAGAGACUAGCCGAGCAGCGUUUGAAGGACCGGAUCACUGCAUCAGCACGGGAGAAGCUUUCCCAAGCAGAUCGUGAGGCGCAAAUGAAGUCGGAACGCAAGAAGAAGGCAGCAAUGUUCAUCAACCUUCUCAAGUCACAGAACAACGUGGAAGCCGAGGCCGAAACAAACACAGACACAGCUACAAAAUUGGAUAUUCAAGUUGGAUUGCCUUUGAAUAUUGAGUCAAAACGACACAAGCACAAAACGCGUGACAGGUCAAGAUCUCAUGAGCGCAAGAGAUCAAAGAGGUCUAGAUCAAGGUCACAGGGGAGAUCCAAGAAGAAAAAGGGCAAGCGACUUAAGGCCAAGUCCCCUAUACAAGUUAAACAAAGAUCGCCAGUCAGACCUCGUCAACUGCCCCCAACCACCAGGUCUGUAGAAAUGAGACAGUCGCUUUCACCCUCUGUCAAUGAAACCCCACAUGAGCAGUCACGCCUCAGUGAACGAAGUUCUCAACACCGGUCUAUGUCCAAACAUAGAUCAAGAUCUAGGUCAAAAGGGCCCAGCUCUAAGCUGAGGUCAAGAUCUAGAUCGAAUGAUCAAAGCUCCAAACAUGCAUCAAAAUCUAGGUCAAAGAGUCACAGCACAAGAAAAAGAUCACGAUCAAAAUCUGUCAAUUCCAAAAAUAGGUCACGAUCAAGAUCCAAAAGUCGCAGAUCUAAACGUAGGUCACGGUCAGUAUCACAUGGAAGGUCAAAGGCAAAGAAGAAAAGGUCAAGGUCACCACUUUCUAGAAAAGAAGAAGCCAAGUCCAGGAGAGGCUCUAAGAAAAAGAAGAAAAAGUCCCAUUCAAGGGUGAAAGGUGAAGUAGGCCCCCAGCUCCCUAUUGUCCAUGAAGAGUCCCCAAACAGAGACAGGGUCACCUCAUUUGCUGCCAUAGCGAAGGAUAGUACAGAUGUGAAUACAAGGGAGAGCACUCCAGAACCAGGGCAAACAAGGAACAGUACUCCAGAGCUGGGCAAAGCAAAGGCCAGUACUCUGGAGCCAGGAGAAACAAGGGAGAGCACACCAGAGCUAAGGCAAACAAGUGACAGCACUCCAAAGUCAAGACAAACUAGAGACAGUUCUCCAGAACUGGGUCAAACAAGGGACAGUACACCAGAGCCAGGACAGAUCAGUGACACCUUUUCAGAAGCUGACCAGGAGGAAAGAUCACCCACACCAACUGCUGAUAUAGGUGAUACCCUGUCAGAAGUUUCCAAUCUCAAGCCUGCCAGAUCUUCAAAGAGUCGUAGUUUCAGUCCAGCAUCUCUCACAGAGUUCACUCAGGGCUGUUCCACAUCACCUUCCUCAUUUCCAAUGAAACAUAGGUUUUCUUUGUCCUCAGACCACAUCUCUAGGUCAAAGUCAGGGUCUAGGUCAUUAUCAAGGGCUAGUUCAAAGUCACUAUCAAGAUCUAAAUCAAAGUCAAGAUCCAUUUCAAAUUCAAAAUCAAGAUCACGUUCUGUGUCAAGAUCAAGGUCUCGAUCACUGUCAAGGUCAAAGUCAAUAUCUAGGUCAAGGUCAGAAUCCAUGCAUAGGUCAAAUUCUAGGUCACAGUCUGUAAGGAGUGAUGCUACACCACAAACACGUACUGGGGAGAGCUCGCCCGGGUCUAUCUCCAGGGAGGUAACUCCUGCCCCUGACUCUACUGCGGUUAAUGGGACAUCAUCUGGGGCCAAGAAGAAUGUCUCUUCUUACAUGUUGAGCCGAGUACGGGAGUUACUGAAGGCCAGCAAGGCAUCCGUCAGGGAGGACAUGUUUGCUGAUGACUCGUCUUGAAGACUUCUUUGCAGUAAUAUGUGGCUUACAGUGUGUUUGUCUUGACAUAUCGCCUGCCAUGAUACAUUGGGAAAUGAUGGACAGAGAUCCACAUAAAGGACUCCAAACAGCGAGCAUCUACUGUUAGCUGGUUAAUUUUUGGAACAUUUCUAUGUGUAGCCAGGUUCUGGAAACCUGCUUGAUUUUAGCUUAGAACUGCCCUUUCACAUAAACACUGCUAGCCAACACUGCUAGCCUUCUGUUGGCUUGAUCCACACAAUGACACAAAGGAAUCCUUGAGUGAAUGAUGACCUGCAUCAUAAAACAAAUUGAUUUGUUCCAACAUAAAUAUUCUAACCUCAAAUUGUCAUAUACUGUAAAGUUUGUUUUAACAGGAUCAGCCUAUGGUCACUUUUCUCAAAUUGCAUUUUUUAACAUGUGAUUGCAAGCAUGUUUAAAUCUUUACAUGCAGUCUUUGUAAAAGAAACAACAAAGUUGCACUCUGGGAAAAUGGGACUUAAUGCAUGUGCAUUAGACUCUAGUUGGUUACUUUAAAAAAACAACUUAAGAAUUGAUGAGAAAUUGUGGACUUCAUGAACAUUGUAUGGAUUUUCCUUAGGAGUUCACUUCCCUUUGUCAGGGCAUUGUUAUUUAUUGUGAUGAAUUGAAUAUGCUUUUACAGUAAAAGCAUUGAUGGAGAAGAACAAAUAAAAGUAUGAAAAACUU